GUUCCUCCUUUCCCUACCCGCUUUAUGUGCAUCAAUCAUCCGAGAGAAUACUCAGUAGUCAUCUCGCUCAGCAACAGCAUCCGUACAAGCUUAGUUUGCAGACCACAAUCUGAAAAAUCUUGAAGACACACACACACACACAGAGAAUGGGCGGUUCAUCCGGCCUUGUGGACUGGAGAGGACGGCCUGUGAACACCAAGAAGCAUGGAGGAGUGAGAGCUUCAAUCUUCAUUCAUGCGCUGGUGCUGCUCAGCAACGCAGCCAACAUUGCCAAUAUCUUGAAUCUUGUCAGCUACCUGCGCAAUGAGAUGCACAUGGACGUCGCGAGGGCAUCGACGAUGGCGAGCAACUUCUUUGCUGCGCUGCAGAUGUUCUCCAUCCCAGCAGCCUUCCUCGCCGACUCCUACGUCAAGCGCUUCUACACCGUCCUCAUCUUUGGCCCUAUUGAGAUUCUGGGUUACAUCCUUCUGGCGGUCCAAGCACAUGUUCCAUCACUGCAACCACCACCGUGCACCCCUGGACACCUGGCAACCACUUGUGAGUCCGUCCAUGGAUCAAACCUGAGCUUGCUUCUCCUGGGCCUCUACCUGAUCCCCAUCGGCGAUGGGGCAGCACGGGCUUGCCUGCCGGCUCUCGGCGGGGAGCAGUUCGACACAUCUGAUCCCGUGGAGCAGACGCAAGAGGCGAGCUUCUUCAACUGGUACACCUUCGCGGUGUCGACGGGUGGGUUCGUGGGGCUCGUGUUCGUGGUUUGGGUUGAGAACAGUAAAGGUUGGGACAUUGGGUUCUUCGUCUGCGCUAUCUGUGUGCUCCUGGGAAUGCUGAUAUGGAUUGCCGGGUUCCCGUUCUACAGGAACCAGCUGCCAACAGGCAGCCCCAUCACAAGACUAUUGCAGGUUCUCGUAGCAGCAUUCCAGAAACGAAAAGUUAAGUUACCAGAAAACCCGAGUGAACUAAAGCAAAUAAACAAAGAUGAAGCCAGUGCCAUUGAAAUGCUACAUAAAACCGAGGGAUUUCAUUGCCUUGAUAAAGCUGCAGUAGACACUGGAAAGACUGGUGCCUGGUCUCUCUGCAGCAUUACUCAGGUGGAGGAGACCAAGAUCAUCCUUCGAAUGGUGCCCAUCUUCCUCAGUGCCGUCCUUGGGUAUAUUCCGGUGCCUCUGAUCCUCAAUUUCACCGUGCAGCAGGGAAACACAAUGGACACCAGGCUUGGUGCAAUUCACAUCUCCCCUGCAACACUCUUUGUCAUCCCUACCGUAUUCCAGAUGGUGAUCCUCAUUGUUUACGACCGGUUUAUCGUCCCCUUCCUGCGAAGAAUCACAGGCUAUGUGGGAGGUGUCACACACCUCCAGCGCAUCGGCAUCGGGUUCCUUUCAGCCACAGUGGCCACAGGCAUUGCUGCCCUGGUGGAGAUCAAGAGGAAAAAGGUGGCCGAAGAGAAUGGCCUUAUGGAUGCAACCACUGGGAUUCCAAUAUCUGUCUUCUGGCUGACAGUGCAAUUCUUCCUCCUAGGUAUUGUAGACGUCACCUCCUUUGUAGGGCUUCUUGAGUUCUUCUACAGUGAGGCGUCCAUGGGGAUGAAGUCCAUUGGGAGCUCCAUCUUCUACUGCAUUCUUGGGGUGUCUGCUUGGCUGGGGAGCUUGCUGAUACAAUUAGCUAACCGAGUUACAAGACACAGCGAUGGUACAGGAGGGUGGCUUGAUGGGACAAACCUUAACAGGGGGAAACUUGAUCGGUUCUAUGGGUUGCUAGCAGUUCUGGAGCUAGUGUCGCUAUUUAUCUACAUGUUCUUUGCGAGGAGGUAUGUUUACAGGAAUGACCAAAAGGUUGUGAUUGAUGGAGACAAUAAGACUGCAUCAGAAGGUGCCAUAAAUGUGAUCUGAGAACCUGCAAGUAUUUCUAGGGCAACAUGGUGAAAUGCUUAAUUUACAAGAACUAUGGUCAUGUGGGGGAAUAGAAGGAUAUCAUGCACUCAUCCAAACUGUGUUAGAAAUAUCAAGCUCGGAUUGCCUGUAAACUACAACUGCGAUGCUACUACCAGGUUGUAGAGCACUAAUAUGGACUGUACAUAAAUCUAAUGAAAUCCAAACAUACAUGCUAUAUACACUACUAGAAAA